AACAGUACUAACGUUUUUACAACGUGCAGGCUACACUACAGUGUUACAUGUCGUAACAUCUCCCAGAAAACGAAGCUUGAGGUUAUAGAAUAUUCCGAUUUACCCUGUUUAACCUUCGUGUAUCACUUGUCCAGGACGACUAGUAGACCGCAGGGAUCCAACAAAUGUUCGGUUUGUUCAACAAAUGCAAAAGAUGGACAACUAUCUGCAGCUCGUUAUGCUAAACCUUCUGUCAGUCAUCGCCCUUUCCAGUGGCCGCCCUUGUAAGCUAUCAACCGACAAGAGAAUGGCCGAUUGUUCGAACCGUGGUUUCGAUCAUAUUCCACACUUGUCGAAUCUCACCGAAGGCUUAGAUUUAUCUGGAAACAAGUUAUCACUUCUAGACAAAUCCUCGUUUUUAAACCUUCCUAACUUGCAAUCUUUAAAUUUGAACUGGAAUGAAAUCAAAUUCAUCGGUAAAGACACGUUUUCUGGACUUCCGGCACUGCAGGACUUAUCACUUGGACACAACCACAUCAACAUUGUACAGCAAACGUUUAGUCAAAUCCGUUUUACCCUCAAUACCAAACUCAAAUAUUUGGAUUUAUCCUACAAUACUAAUUUGCCAUUAGACGAAGAAGCCUUGUAUCCAGACUCAGUGUUCGCAUCGUUGAUGUCUCUUCAGGAACUUUAUAUAGACCUUCUACCGAAUCCUAUGUUUGGAACAGGGUUCAGCAAUAUGACAAAGCUUGACAAACUAGUUUUUAAAGACUGUACAUUAAUGCAUCUUAAGAACGAUACAUUUAUCAACUUUCGUAAUAUUGAAUCGUUGACAUAUUUGGAUAUGUCAAAUUGCCACGUUAAUGACAGAUAUUUUGUGAAAAUAGAAAAAGCUUUCUUACAACAUUUCUCGUCCCUGCAAUACCUGGAUCUUUCUCGUAUUUCGAUAACGUUUCCGGUUGCCAUGGACAUUUUGUACGGUCUCACAGCUACAACCAAUCAAAGUCUUCCUGUCAGAAAAAUGAAAGUUCUGAAUCUAUAUAAGGUUAAUCCGUUGAUAUUAUUAUGGAUGUAUGAUGUCAACUCCACUGUUAAAGUGACAAAAGAAAUGACUCAAUACUAUAGACAAUUGUGUGUGGAAGAUAUUGACUUAGGUAACAACGGAAUUGUAGAAAUAGCAGUUGGGACUUUGGAAUCCUUUGUCGAUUUCAGUUGUUUAAGGCGUAUUUCGUUCUCGGAGAACAACUUCUUGUUCACAUUCCCUCGUUUUGCGCAAAGUAUUUUGACAUUUUUUGAAGAGAGUGUAUAUCUAGAAGAAUUUGAUUAUUCAUAUGUCGCAAUCAAAUUUUCACAUGGGAUCAAGGAAAGUCCGAAGGUUAAUGGGAAACAACUACGUUAUUUACCAGAACCACAAAGACAGUCAUCUUUUCGAUGUGUGAUGCCCCUCAGCCCGGGACCACAUAUGCGAUUCGUACGUUUCACACAUCUGCUCUUUCCAUUUUUCAUUGAUUGUGAUCUGGAUAUGUCUAGGUCUCCUACAUUGUAUCUGCUUGACAUAUCACACACAACUAUUUCAAGUACAGAUUUUCGUAUACUAGGAGUACGGGUAGAGUAUAUGAACGUUUCAGGUGUUGAUUUUGCAACAUCAGGACGGAUGCUGCUCGGUAAUAUGGAAGGGGUGCAUAAACUGGUCAUUCAGAAUGCCAAUUUAGAUCGUGCCUUCAGUAAUAAGAAUUACAUUUUCAAGGAUAUAAAGCAACUGGAUGAGGUAGACAUAUCGUCAAAUCAUUUAAGUAUCCUAGAAGAGGAAAGCGUACAGGGCUUGGAAGGGGUUACACAUAUAGACCUGUCUUGGAACUUUUUCAAUGAUUUCCCUGCAGGCUUGUACAUUUUGCCAAAUCUCACUAACAUAGAUCUGAGGAACAAUAAACUAAAUUACAUUAGGAAGAAAGCAAUGACAUGGCUGGAUAUGAUGGACUCGCGGCCCGAACAUAAUAUUAGGAUUUUGAUGUAUGGGAAUCCCUUUGCCUGCACGUGCGAUACACUGGAGUUCGUUUUUUGGAUUUACGAUACCAAUGUCAUGCUCGACCAUCAUACCAACUACACGUGCGUGUUACCAAACGGUUCCAUUGCCAUGCUGCGUCACGUUAAUGAUAACUACCAGCUGUUUCUAGGAAACUGCAAUCAUGAAUCUUUCUUGAUAGUUUUUGCGAUCUCCGGAAUGAGUAUUUUGUUGUUGUUUCUAGUUAUUUCGUCCUUCCUUUUUAAAUACAGGUGGAAAGUUCAGUACUUCUUUUGGAGGAAGUUCAAGAAACAAGAAACAGCAGUCGAUAACGUGAGGCAAUAUACGUUUAAAUCUUUUUUUGUAAUAUCAGAAGAUGAUUGUUGGAGUCGCAUUUUUUUACUUCCUCAACUGGAACAGUUUGAAAAUGAACACAACAUCCGGGUUUGCUGGCAGGAAAGGAACUUUUCACAUAACAAAUAUCAACUGAGGCAGCUAUCGGAGUUUCUACCAGACAGCGAGAAACUAGUGUUUGUGAUAACGGAGCAUUUUAUUGCAGAUAACUGGUGUGAAUUUGUAUUGAAUACCUGUGUAAAUGAGAGCGUGACUCGAAAAAGCCGCGACUGUUUAGUAAUGUUAUUUAUAGAUCUAGAUUUUAAACGUGUCCCUGAAUACGUGACGAGCGCGUAUAAAUACUGUAAAACAAUAAAAUAUCCAGAGGAAGAGAACGAUAGGGAUGGAUUUUGGAAUGAAAUACGACAAACUAUUUUAACAAGGGAGUAAAAAAACUAUGUUACCUAACAUUGAUGCAGACCAAUCAGCGUUACGGAUUUGUGUUGAAUUACAAUGAGAAAUUCACAAAAUUGACUUUCCCGAUGAUCAAUUAUUACUCGAUGAUCUCAUUAUAAUACAAUUAAUAUACAUUAUAAAAAUAAAAAGCAGAAUCAGCUAUUUGUGCCUGAAGUCUGCAGGUGGUUUGUAUUAAAUGUUCAUUGAAAUGAUAAUUUCUCGAUCGUUUUAACAAUUGGAAAUUUAGAAAUAUAUUUAUCAGUUAUGGACUUUUGUGGAGGUGAAUAUAAAAUUAUGGUUACGUGAAC